GUAAUAUAAUUGAUAAACUCUUGCUAAAUGAUGAAAUCAAAAUACAUCCUACUGGUCCAGAUGAAGCAGUCACGGCCCUUCUAAAAUCUGGUGUUUUAUUCUACAUUGAUGAUAAAGGACCAGAAUUCAUACUUCGUGAAGGUCGCGUAGGAUUUAUCUCGCCGGUUGCACGACUUUUAUCAUUUUUUCAUCGAUGUACUUCAGUCAAACAACCUCUACAAGAUGGGUUUACUCUUCAAGAAUUAGUACGCGAAGCUUUAUCGCGUGUUAAUUCUAGAUAUCUUAUACAUAAUUUAGGUCGUUCAAAAGAUGGUAUGAGACUAUUAGAAAGAGUUUGGCAAAUGGAAUUUUAUAGAGCAAUUUAUAGUUGUUUACCUGAUGGAAUGCAUAUUUCACCCGAU